AUGGAAAAGCUCAGCAGGUGGAAUGUUGCCCCACGGCUCCAGAAGCGAAGCCUACUGAUCGCGGAGGGAUCGUUGCGGUCUACUACUCCGUACUUGGGGACACUUGCAGGGGCUUUGGUUGAAGGCACCAUUGGUGACCGAAUCGGCCGGGUCAGGUCAAUCUUCAUCGGCGCAAUUAUCGAGGUCAUUGGUACCUCACUGCAGUGCUCGGCCAUGAACCACUCCUGGAUGAUCUGUGCUCGUCCGGUCAACGGCUGGGCCACUGGUAUCCUCAACGCCAUUGUUCCUGUUUGGGCGACGGAGACUGCAGAGCACAAGUCCCGCGGACAAUUCGUUGCCAUCGAAUUUACCCUCAAUAUCGUCGGUGUUGUCAUCGCGUACUGGCUCGAGUACGGAUGCUCGUUCUACGGCAACGGCGAAUCUUCAUUCAUUUGGCGCUUCCCAGUCGCUUUUCAAAUCCCCAUGCUCAUUGGCCCGGCAACGGCGAUAUUGUUCUUCCCAGAAUCUCCCCGUUGGCUUGUGAAAAUGGGCAGGGAGAACGAAGCUCGUUACAUCCUUGGUAGACUUCGGGGUGAUUCACUUGCCGAGGAGAAGGAGUUGGCUGAAGCGGAACUUCAGGACAUUAUUGAAUCAACCCAAUAUGAGCGCAACAACUUCCGCAAGCAAUCUUACCUUCAUAUGCUCCUCGGCGCUCGCUCCGGCAAGCUGCAUAUCGGCAGGCGCGUCCAGCUCGUCGUCUGA